AUGGUAUUCCAUCGCUCAGAUGAUGGUGCAGCAGCAGCAUCGAUACCGAGUUCAAAUGUUCCCGUACCUGCAUCUCAACCAUCUAACAGCCCUCCUGCUCCUAUUUCGUUUGCCGCCGUCGCCGCUGCUGCUGCGAAGAAGGAAUUGAAACGUCAACAGCCUCCUCAACCAACGAAUUCUGUUUCGUCUUCUGAGCAGCCUGCUCAAGCGCCUACGGAAUUCCAUCAUGAGGAGCCUGUCAGUAGUGCUGCUCCGGCUGCAGGUGAUCAACCCACGUCUAAGGAUGUGUUUUACAGGUAG